GUUUUUUUCAAAUCCCAUUCGAAUCAAUUUGAAGAAAUGGAUACAUCUGACACCCAGUGGGGAUGGUUUUACUUGGCUGAAUGUGGGAAAUGGCAUAUGUUUGACACUGAUUCCAGUACUCACUGUUCAGUUAGCACAGAAGACAUUGAAAGGAGCUUCAGAAUGAAUCCACAGGGCUCUGUUUGCUUCACAAGCGCAAAAUUUACUUACACAUUAGACUUUUCAGGGAUGAAGCAGACCAACCUAACAACUGGAAAACAACGUCCCAUAAAACGGGCUCCAUUUUCCAUCACUGCUUUCAGUUAUGUCUGCGAAAACCAGUCUAUCCCUAUACCUUCACACUGGGAGAAUGUAAACUCUGAAGAACCUUACCAGCUUAUUCCUUUGCAAAAGCAGACAAAAGAGUAUAAAGAUGUUGCUAGUCUUUUUGGGAAAACAAUGGAAGGCAGUUGGAUUAAAGGAAUACAGAGAAUUCAGAAUCUAGACUUGUGGGAAUUUUUUUGCAGGAAAAAGAAUCAGUUAAAGAAGAAAAGAGGCGUCUCUUUCAUUAAUGAACAUAUGUUGUUUCAUGGCACCAGUGGCGAGUUUGUGGAAGCCAUCUGCAUUCAUAACUUUGACUGGAGAAUCAAUGGCAUGCAUGCUGCUGUAUAUGGAAAAGGGACGUAUUUUGCUAGGGAUGCAUUGUAUUCGAGCCGCUUCUGCAAAGACGACAUGAAGCACAGCAGUACGUUUCAGAUUCAUGGUGUUGAUCUGCAACUUCAUAUGUUCAGGAAGCAUAAAGUGAUGUUUCUUGCUCGCGUAUUGACUGGAGACUAUAUUACUGGGGACUCAAAAUACGUGAGGCCACCUUCAAAAGAUGGGAGCUUUGUAAAUCUGUAUGACAGUUGUGUGGACAACACAUGGAAUCCGAAGAUUUUUGUUGUCUUUGAUGCCAACCAGAUCUAUCCGGAAUAUUUAAUAGAGUUCAGCUGA